UUUGGCCCUUAGGGAUCUUCUUUGACCAAUUCCCUAUUUGCACUGCCUGUGUUUCAGUCCUCUUUCUCACAGAAAUAAUAUGUCAGUGAUGACAAUACAUGAGGAACUAUGAGAACAGAUCAAGAGGAAUUUCUACUUACACAAAGGAGGUCGUGGUGGAUCUCCAGUUGGCUGCCGUCCUGGUGUCCCACCUCACUCUCCCAUCUUAUAAAAGCAGAAAACAAAAUCCUGAAACCCAUCAAAGUGAAGUUUACUCAAGGAUAUGUUCCCAUAUCUAACGGCAACUACAUAUGGACUCUUGGCUUUAAUGAAAGACAAAGCUCAUCUGACCUCUCAGCCUCUGGGGAUCAAUGCCAUCAUGUCCCACUGGUGCUGCUACAUGGUUUUGGGGGUGGAGUGGGUCUGUGGGUAAAAAACAUACCUGCCCUUGCAUUGGAAGGACGGCCCGUGUUUGCACUGGACAUGUUGGGUUUUGGACGCAGCAGUCGACCGACGUUCGGCAGAGAUGCCAAGGACGCAGAGGAGCAGUUUGUACAAGCCCUGGAGGACUGGAGAAAAGCAGAAGGGUUGGAAUAUAUGAUUCUUCUUGGCCAUGAUCUUGGUGGAUAUGUGUCUACUGCAUAUGCCCUAAAAUAUCCUCACAGAUUGAAGCACUUGGUGUUGGUGGAGCCAUGGGGUUUUGCAGAAAGACCAAAUGUUCAGGAGCACUGGGUUCCCAUCUGGAUUAAAGUAUUCGGAGCAGCAAUGAAUCCAUUUAACCCUCUUGGUCUGCUUAGGCUGGCAGGCCCACUGGGUCCUUUGUUGCUACAGCUUUUGCGAUCAGAUUUUAAGCAGAAAUAUGCUUCUGUAUUUGCCGAUGACACAGUGGCUGAUUACAUAUACCAUGUGAACGCACAAACAGCCAGCGGUGAGACAGCGUUUAAAAACAUGACAAUCCCAUACGCAUGGCCUCAGCACCCCAUGAUGAAUCGUGUGGAGAUGAUCAGUCCCUCUCUUCCCAUUACCUUCAUCUACGGAUCACGUUCCAACAUCGAUGGCCAAUCAGGAAAAGCCAUUCAAGAAAUGAGACCCAACUCACACACAGAAAUCAUAGUAAGUUUGAUUUCAGGUGCGGGUCACUACGUAUUCACAGACCAAUCAGAUGACUUCAACCAGGCUGUGCUCAAGAUAUGCAAUAAUGUCAAGCACAAUGGGAAGGAUGAAUGAGAGAGAGAGAAAAAAUUAACAAAAAUUGUGAGGUGGAGAGGCUAUGUGAGCCCAAGUCAUGUACGUGGCAGGAGGAUUAGAUGAAGGUGUGAAAUGAGAGACAGAGGAAGAAGAGAUAUAGAAAAUAUAAAGGAAAGAAAGAUUAAAACUUGCUCAUCAUUUAUAGCUUUCUGCAAGCGUGCUUUACAAAAUACCUAGGCCUAUGCAAAUAAUGCUUCUCGUGUAACAUCUGUUAUAUUACAACAACGACAAAGUAAUUUAUUUUAAUUAGGAAAAUCUCCAGUACUUCUGAAUAUGUCAGUAUAUUACACAAGCAAAAAUAAGAAAACUGCAAAAAAUAAACGGUUUUGCUUUUGUGUGCUGACAGAAAACGUGCCCUCUGGAUAGCUGGCAGAUGUUCACAGUUACACGGGGGGGUGAUUUUUUUUGAGCGAGAGGUCGGGUUCAAAUCCUGGACGAUGUUUUGAUGCUUUAAGCGGUCAUUACUUUGUCAGUGGCAAGGAAUAUGUCUAAAAUGUAAUCUUAUAUAUCCAAAGUAUAACUGGCAAGCUGAUAACAUUGUUUAUUGAGAAUAUUGUUUUACGUAAAUUGUCUACACUAUGAAUUUAA